UUUGGAAACCAAUGGGUGUAACUCACUUGGUUCAUUGCACCAUCUUUAAUUCUAACCCAACUUGUUAAUUAUUUGGUACCAUAUAUAUUGCUAAACUAACAUAACAAAACCCACCCAUUCCUCAACCUUAUUUUCCCUUAAAACUACCAUGAUCAUGUCCUCAACCUCCUCCAACCACGUCCCCGAUGAUGUGUCGUGUCCUGAAUCCUUUGGUGGGUUUUUCGAGACUUGGCUCCAAGAGCAAGAGCGCGACCUUGAGGAGCUCAAGGCCGCUAUGGCUCAUUCCGAGUCCACUCGGUCCUUGCAGGACCGAGUGGACCGGAUCAUGAGUCACUACGAGAAAUACUACCGAGUCAAGUCUGAGUCAACUAAAAAAGACGUCCUCGAGAUGUUAACCCCGUCUUGGAGGUCCCACCUCGAGGAAUCCUUCCUUUGGAUUGGUGGGUGGAGGCCUAGUACGGCAUUCCACUUGUUAUACUCACUAUCAGGGAUUCACUUCGAGGCCAGGUUUAGUGAGCUACUUAGAGGGUUGAGGACGGGCGUCGACCUGGGAGACCUCUCACAGAGUCAACUCAGACGAGUGGACGAGUUACAAGGGCAGACCAUACGGGAAGAGAGGGAGUUGACGGAAACCCUUGCUGCACACCAAGAGACGGUGGCUGACACCUCCAUGGUUGAGCUCUCACACAUAGCUACCGAGUUAAUGCGGGACUCGAACUCUCAAAGUUCAGGCCGAGCUGGGACUGAUUUAGUGAAUGAACGAGUUGAGUCGACUCUUGACACUAAAGAAGAGAAGUUCAAGGAGAUACUAGAGAAGGCUGAUGAUCUACGGCUGAGAACUCUCAGGAAUGUGGUGGAUAUCUUAAGCCCAAUCCAAGCCGUUCAUUUCUUGAUUGCAGCUGCUGAGCUUCAUUUGAGGGUCCAUGAAUGGGGUAUGAAAAAAGAUGCUAAUGCUCAUUAACAACAACAUUAACUAAGCUUCAACUUAUGUGAAGGAAUUAAAUAUAGGACUACUACGGAGUAUGUUUCACUUUUUUUUUUCUUUUUUUUUUAAGGUUUCUAAUUAUUUUAAGGGAAAUUUGUCAAGAACAUUAUUUGUGUGGACAAUUAUCUUUUACUUUACUUUCAUUUCAUUUUAUGAAUGUAUACUAGUUAAUUGGUAAAGUAUUACGGAAGUGAUAUGACCUUUUA